ACGUGUGGACAUGUUCAGACACAGCGCGGUCAGGAGGAGACCUGGAGAUGGACAUGCUUUACCUGAACUGCUCUCAGUGCUUCCAAAGCCAGAGCAUCUCCAAAGUGCAGUGAAGAGUUGGGAGGUUUGUUCAGGCCAGUGUGGAGCAGCUGUAACAGAGAUGAGCGGAGAGGAAGCUGCAGUGGAAAAACAUCAGCACAGCGCUGAGGACCACAGAACCGGUUCUGAAGCAGCAGCAGCUCCGCUCAGACCGUCACGACCGCCUGGAGAUGUGACGGGCGGUCGGCCUAUGGAGGAUGUUGGAGAGAGAGAGGCCAGAAACUCUGGGCCAAUCCUGCUGCAGCACCGCUCAGACUCAGAGCUCGCAGACGUGAGGACGCAGACAGAGGAGGGUAGAACCCUCCUGCAGUACAGAGAACAGGAGACACACAUCAAUGAGCAGGAGGAGAACAUGGAGGAGGACAAUCCUAAAGAAGAGACCAAUGAGCAGAAGCUGUAUAAGGUAGCCAACGAGCUCCUGCUCACUGAGAGAGCCUAUGUUACUCGCCUCUAUCUGCUGGAUCAGGUGUUCUGUGCUAAACUGACCCGGGAGGCGGCGAAAGGUACGUUUCCUGUGGAUGUAGUGAAGGGCAUCUUCUGUAACGUGGCCUGCAUCUACGCCUUCCACAGCAAGUUCCUCCUGCCUGACCUGGAGACCAGGAUGCGCGAGUGGGAGAGCAGGCCUCGGAUUGGGGACAUCUUAGAGCAGCACGCUCCGUUCCUCAGGAUGUACGCAGAGUACGUGAAGAACUUUGACAACGCCAUGGAUCUCCUCAAACAGUGGACCGAGCGCUCAGCGCAGUUUAGCGCCAUCAUUCAAGAGAUCCAGAAGCAGGACAUCUGUGGCAGCCUCACUCUGCAGCACCACAUGCUGGAGCCUGUGCAGAGGGUUCCUCGCUACGAGCUGCUGCUGAAGGACUACCUGAAGAGACUCCCGCUGGACGCUCCUGACCGCAGCCAGGCAGAGAAGUCUCUACAGACCAUCUCCAUGGCUGCCACUCACUCCAACAGCGCCAUCCGCAAAAUGGAGAACCUUAAGAAGCUUCUGGAGAUCUAUGAAAUGCUUGGAGGGGAGGAGGACAUUGUGAACGCCUCCAACGAGCUCAUUAAAGAAGGCCAAAUCCUGAAGCUGGCCGCCAGGAACACCUCAGCCAUGGAGAGAUAUCUCUAUCUGUUCAACAACAUGUUGCUGGUCUGUGUGCCGAAGUUCAGCCUGCUGGGUCAGCGGUUCACCGUGCGCACUCGAGUGGGCAUAGAGGGCAUAAAGGUGGUGGAGACGGUGAACGACGCCUACCCUCACACCUUCCAGGUGUCGGGCAAAGAGCGCACGCUGGAGCUGCAGGCCAGCUCUGAGCAGGACAAAGACGACUGGAUCAAGGCUUUCCAGCAGACGAUACAGACGUUCCAGAAGAAGAAUGAGACGUUCAAGUCUGCGUCUAAAGAAGCAGAGGAGGACGUGUCUACGGAGGAGCUGGGCCGAAGAGCCCCUCGCUGGAUCAGAGACAACGAGGUGACCAUGUGCAUGAAAUGCAAAGAGCCCUUCAACGCUCUGACCCGCAGAAGACAUCACUGCAGAGCGUGCGGCUAUGUGGUGUGCUGGAGGUGCUCGGACUACAAGACCCCUCUGGAGUACGACGGCAACCGGAUGAACAAGGUGUGUAAGGACUGUUUCUCCAUCCUGACAGGAAGAACUGCGAGCGAGGAGCGGAGUGAGGCCAAGAAACGAGGCAUCCUGGAGAUUGAAGCGGCUCAGUUCUCGGGCAGCAGUCUGGUGUGUGGUUUUCUGCUGUACAGUGAGAAAGCUCGGCCGUGGCAGAGAGUCUGGUGUGUGAUUCCUCAGAAGGAGGCUGUGGUGCUCUAUGUUUACGGUGCUCCACAGGACGUCAAAGCCCAGUCUACCAUCCCGUUACUGGGCUACAGUGUCGAUGAUGCCCCCCGGGCCGUGGACCCUCCCUCCAGUUUCCGCCUGUGUCAGUCGAAAUCCCUCCACAGCUUCGCCUGCGAGUCUGAAGAGCAGAAGCGGCGGUGGCUGCAGGUGAUCCGAGUGGCUGUGACCGGCAACGUAGCUGAGCUUCAGACGGCCGGCAGCGGCGACCUCGCCAACGGCUGUCACGACAGUGGCCCUCAUAGCAUUUGACAGGCUGGGGGUCACCAGCUGUGGACACGGUUACACCGUGAGCAGGAAACUGGAACGUGGAACUGGAAGAGCCUGAACAACAACUCUUGACUGGGAGCAAAUAAAUAUAUUAGUAGUAUAUGAUCUAUGAAGAGACUGAAUUAAUCACUGACUACAUGCACAGAGAAUUUAAUCAAAGUCAAACUAAAUUACAUUGAUUGAGCUGAAACAGCAAUUAAUGUUUCUUUUAUUUGCAAUGUUUGAUCAUUUUGACAGCGUGACCCUGUUUGUACAUUUCAAAUGUGUAAGUCUGUGCACUUUACAGCCUUUCAGAACUGGAAAAUUUCAAUUUAAAUGUAAUAAAAUGUCCUUUUACAGGA